AUGGAACUCCAAAAGAAGUUCCUCAUCUUUGUGCCUUCUGCUCAACUUAUAUUUCUGCUUGGCUUUCUAAUCCCAACACUCUGCAUCAACCAAUCAAAACUUCGGUGCAGAGAGAGUGAAAGAGCAGCACUUCUGGAGUUCAAAGAAGGUCUCAGAGAUCCUCAUAGCCUUCUCUCUUCAUGGGAAGGUAGUGAAUGCUGUAACUGGAGAGGAAUCAUCUGUGACAAUGAAACCCAGCAUGUUGUAAGCUUAGACCUUGGAUACCGGCAUCUCUUUGAUGGUCCUAGUACCUCUUGGCGUCUCAGUGGCGAGAUUACUCCUUUGCUCAGCUUGAAGCAUCUGAAUUACUUGGACCUCAGCUUCAAUGAUUUUCGAGGAAUUGACAUUCCUGAAUUCAUUGGUUCAAUACAAGGCCUAAGCUAUCUUAACCUUUCUAAUGCCGGUUUUGGUGGGAGGAUACCUUCACAGAUCGGGAAUCUCUCAAGAUUACAGUACCUCGAUCUGAACUCAUUCUAUUCUUGGUAUACUUUAUAUGCUGAUGAUCUUCAAUGGCUUUCUCAUCUUUCUUCAUUGAGAUAUCUUGAUAUGAAUUCCGUGAACCUUGCAAACGCUGAUGAUUGGUUUUAUGCAAUUAACAUGCUUCCUGUUCUAUCAGUUUUAUAUUUUCCAAAUUGUCAGCUUAAAGAGUUUACAACGCCUCUUGCAGUUCCCAAUUUAACAUCUCUUGCUAGUCUUGAUCUUUCAAACAACCAAUUCGUUUCUAUGCUUCCUAACUGGCUUUUUAACAUGAGCAAGCUUGAGUGUAUUAACCUUCAAUUUAAUCAAAUACGAGGCUCUAUACCUGAUGCUUUUGCAAACAUGACUUCUCUUGAGGUCAUUCAACUCAGGAAAAAUGAACUGCUCGGUGGUAUCCCGCAAUCCAUAGGAAAACUCUGCAAUCUCAGGAUUCUAGACUUAUCAUCUAAUAACAUCACUGAUGAUGUAUCCAUAUUAGCAACAAUUUCAAGUGAAUGUGCUGGAGGUACUCUGGAGAUUCUGAAUCUGAGAGGCAAUAAUCUGGUGGGAAACUUGUCAGAUUGGUUAGCGCAUUUCAAAGUUCUGACAUAUCUUGAUCUCGGCAGCAACUUGCUUCAAGGUUCAAUUCCGGCAUCCAUAGGAAACAUAUCUACACUGAGAAGUCUUUUUCUGAGCCAAAACACACUGAACGGAACUCUUCCAGAGACUAUGGGGCAGCUCUCCAGGCUCAAUUUAUUUGAUGUUUCACAUAAUUCACUCUCCGGAAUAAUAUCACAAGUACACUUUCAGAAUCUAUCGAAGCUCGAACACCUGAGCUUGGGCUCAAACUCAUUUGUGUUUAACAUGAGUUCUGAUUGGGAACCACCAUUCAGAUUAAGACUCAUCGGAUUGCGGCGCUGCAGAAUUGGACCGAAAUUUCCUCCAUGGCUGAAGAAACAGAGGGAUUACAACAUACUGGACUUAUCCUAUGCUGAAAUCAAUGACACAGCUCCUGAUUGGAUUUGGAACUAUGAUCAACACAUCUUUCUCUUAGAUAUUUCUCACAAUCAGAUUGCCGGUGAGGUCCCGGGAAGACUGAAAUAUGCUAGCAUGUCAAUCAUUGAUCUAAGUUUCAACCAAUUUGAGGGACCAUUGCCUGGCUUACCUGCUAGCAUUGAGUACAUAGAUUUCACAGGCAAUGCAUUUUCAGGCACUAUUUUUCCCCUCUUUGCUCAGCCAAUGCUUAUUUUCUCUCAUUUGAUUAUCACCGAUAACAUCAUCAAUGGCACAAUCCCUGACUCCAUAUGCAAUUACCUCGAUAUGUUUGUCAUCGAUCUUUCUAGCAACUUGUUAUCCGGUGAACUUCCUGAAUGUUGGGCUGAUCUUGGAGAUUUGUCUGGCUUAAACCUGGCAAACAACAAGCUAACUGGCAAAAUUCCAAGCAGCCUCGGAACACUUAGUUGGCUCCAAGCACUGCAUUUGAAUAACAACUCUUUCCAUGGAGAGUUACCAACGGCUUUAAAAAGUUGCACCAUGUUGAUAACUUUUGAUGUUGGUGACAACAAACUCUCCGGAGAGAUACCAACUUGGAUUGGUGAAUCACUGUUGUACCUUAGAAUUCUCCGGUUAAGAUCAAACAUGUUUAAUGGCAACAUUCCUGCACAGCUUUCCCUUCUCACUUCUCUGCAGAUAUUGGACCUUGCCGGUAAUAAAUUAUCAGGAAACAUACCAAGUAGCUUGGGUAACAUCAGUGCAAUGGCACAGACACACAAGCCAGAAGCAAGGAUGAUGGAAGUUUUGCAAGGUGCUGUGCAAAGUAGUCUUCAUAAUUAUGGCCCUUCUGGUUACAGUGAUACCUUGGUGCUUGUAACCAAAGGCAGGAAGAUGGAGUACACCAAAAAUCUUCAGUAUGUGGCAAGCAUAGACCUUUCAGAGAAUAUUUUGUCAGGAAAUAUUCCUCAUCAAUUAGCAAAUCUCUAUGGACUGCAAAACUUGAAUCUUUCUGGUAACAAGUUGACCGGGAAGAUGCCAGAAAAUAUUGGUCAGUUGGAAUUGCUAGAGUCUCUGGACUUCUCAAGAAACAAUCUUUCCGGUUCGAUUCCUUCAAGCAUUUCUCUUUUGACUUCAUUAAGUCUGUUGAACUUGUCCUACAACAAUUUGUCGGGAAGAAUCCCCACCGGGCACCAGCUUCAGACACUUAAUGAUCCAUCCAUGUACAUAGGCAAUUCUGCUCUUUGCGGGCCUCCACUUGAAGAAUGUGAACAGAAUGAGACACACUCUGCCACACUACCAAUCAAAGAUGAUGAGGAGUCCAAAAUGCUGGAAUUUUAUAUCAGUAUGAUUCUCGGCUUUGUUGCAGGGUUUUGGGUUGUAUGGGGCAUUCUGUUGUCCAUUGAUAGUGUAAGGUAUGCUUAUUUUGAGUUUACAGAUUCGUUGUUAGAGAGGUUAUCCUCGGCAUUCAGGUAA